UGCACCAUUUGAAGUCAUAUUUCGAUGUCCAUAGAAUCUGGAGAAGCUCUUAAGAUCAGCUGAAUGAUAAAUUCUAAGACUUGUGUGUAUCUCAACCUGAAAGUUGAGAAUUUACUGAAGCUGUGUAAAACCCUUAGACAUCUGCAUCAGUUUCAUGCCCAAUUCAUCACUUCCGGGCGAAUCUCCAACGAUUUCAACCAGAACUCUGUUUUCACCGAUAUCCUCUUCGCCAUCACCUCUAUCGCACCGUCUCCGACAGCGACACUGAGUUUAUCGAAUUCGAUUUCAACGUCGGCGUCGAAUGUGGUCGUGAGUUAUGCGACUUCGCUUUUCAGAUUCAUCACAAACCCAUCAACGUUUUGCUUCAAUACGAUCAUUCGGGUGUAUACGCUUCAUGCCCCGUCUCUGUCUCCCCACCGUUUCUUCGUCCAGAUGCGACGUCGUUCGAUUCCUCCCGAUUUCCACACCUUCCCUUUCGUAUUCAAGGCUUGUGCGAAGAAGGACUGUAGUCUUACAUUAGUCAAGACGCUGCAUUGUCAAGCGUUGAGAUUCGGAUUGGUGUCUGAUUUGUUCACGUUGAACACUCUCAUUCGGGUUUACUCGUUGAUUACCCCAAUAGAGAGUGCCUUGCAGCUGUUCGACGAAAAUCCCCAGAGAGAUGUUGUUACGUACAAUGUGUUGAUCGACGGAUUAGUGAAAGCCCGUGAGAUAGUUCGUGCACGAGAGUUGUUCGAUUCAAUGCCCUUUCGUGAUUUGGUUUCGUGGAACAGUCUCAUUGCUGGGUAUGCGCAGAUGAACCAUUACAGAGAAGCAAUCAACCUCUUCAACGAAAUGAUUGCUUUGGGUUUCAAACCAGAUAACGUCGCGAUUGUUUCGACUCUUUCAGCUUGUGCACAAUCAGGGGAUUUAGAAACAGGGAAAGCUAUUCACAAUUACGCCAAAAGGAACAGACUUUUCAUAGAUUCGUUUUUAGCUACUGCAUUGGUGGAUUUCUAUGCGAAAUGUGGUUUCAUCGAUACAGCAAUGGAGAUCUUCAACUUAUGUUCAGAUAAAACGUUAUUCACAUGGAAUGCAAUGAUCACUGGUCUUGCGAUGCACGGUAACGGCGAGCUGACAGUGGAUUACUUCCGUAAGAUGGUUAGUUCUGGUAUCAAACCGGAUGGAGUAAGCUUCAUAAGUGUUUUAGUGGGUUGUAGCCAUUCUGGUCAAGUUGAUGAAGCCAGGAAGCUUUUCGACGAAAUGGGAUCUCUGUAUGAUGUUGAUACAGAGAUGAAACAUUACGGGUGUAUGGCGGAUUUGCUUGGAAGAGCAGGGUUGAUCAAAGAAGCAGCGGAAAUGAUUGAGAAAAUGCCUAAAGUUGGAGGAAACAGAGAGAAACUCUUAGCGUGGAGCGGUUUGCUGGGUGGGUGUAGAAUCCACGGGAACAUAGAGGUUGCAGAGAAAGCUGCAGAGAGAGUUAGGACGUUGAGUCCAGAGGAUGGAGGAGUGUAUAAAGUGAUGGUGGAAAUGUAUGCAAAUGCAGAGAGGUGGGAGGAUGUGGUUAAGGUUAGAGAAGUGAUGGAAAGAGACAAGAAAGUGAAGAAGAGUGCUGGAUUUAGUAAAGUUAUGUCCUAAUUCUUAUGUUGACAAAAUGAUUUGUGCUACCUGCAGCUGCCGUCUCUAUACAACUUCCUGAUUAAAGAAGUCAAAGCAAUCAUUAGAAGACUCUGUCUCUGUAAGAGACUCUUGAAUUGUUUUAAUGGGCCCAGCCCAAUAAUUAUGUUCAACUAGCAGUGCACGUAAAAGAGCUCGCUUUUGAUUGACCUCUUGAACAAGGUUGCAGACAUUUCUUUCCUAAGUGCCUACAAGUCUAUUAUUUAGUAUGGGACAAGUGAGAGUUAAAGAAAUGUAUCUGUUAUAGGCGGCAACUGUGGAAAAAAAGAAGAAACCAGAUGUAGGAGAGAGCUCAAAGAGUGAAGAUACGAUGGAGAAGAAGGAAGAAACCGCGCCACCGCGCAAAGGGCAACUAAGACGUAAGAAUUAGAAGAGUUUUCCUACUGUAGAGAGAGGGAAGGCAAAUU